GCGCUCCGCUGUUAGGUCCCUCUCACCCCCUCCUUUUUCCCACCCCCACCCCUCUCUCCCUCUCUCUCUCCCCACCUGCUCCUCGUCUUGUGGGCGUUAUUGCACCCCAAUCCCCAAGGCCUGGCCUUCCUCCCCAUCCAUCCCAUGAGCCUCGCCUGAUCUAGCUCGCAAGCAUUCAGUUCUCUUUCGUUCACGGAUUGAGAAAAGAAGAACUGAUCAACAGCUAUAUAUGUAUCAGAGAUGUAAUAGAAUUGAUGGACUUCACGAAUCAAGAUGAAGAUAUAGGGAUGCCCAGUUCUUUGGGUUACAACCACCCUCCUCCCAUCAGUGGAUCCGCCUUCUCAAAGCCCUCCCCCUCCUCCUCUCUCCUCUCUCCUAGUCCUAGACCUGGUUAUAGAAACGACAAGGUGUUCGGCGACACCCCAACGCCGCCACCCCUCAACCCACCCAUACAUCCCCAUCCAUCUCACUACCUCGGAAAAGACCCCGAUCCAGAUGCUGCCAUCCCCACCGUACCGCCUUCACCCAUAGCGUCGGCCAGCAGCGGAAGGACCCCGGCGACUGCAAUAGAAUCCGCUGCACGCUAUCGCGAGUGCCUCCGCAACCACGCGGCCGCCAUCGGCGGCCACGUCGUCGACGGCUGCGGCGAGUUCAUGCCCUCCGGCGACGUCGGCACGCCAGACGCCUUGAAGUGCGCCGCCUGCGGCUGCCACCGGAGCUUCCACCGCAGGGAGGUCGACGGCGAUCCCAAUGCCGGAUCCUCCUCCUACUACCGCGGCGUCGCCCGCCUCCCCAUCCUACUCCCCCCGCCUCACCCCCUGGCCCACCACCACAGGCCGUAUCCCUUGGGCUUCCCCCCAAGCCCCUCCCAUGCGGCGCCGGGGUCGUCGUCGGUGGCGGUGGCGUUCGGCGGCAACACCAGCGGCAGCGGCGGGACGACGACGGAGUCGUCGAGCGAGGAGAGGAUGAACGCCGGGGCGCCGCCACCGGGGUUGGCGUCCAAGAAAAGGUUCCGGACAAAGUUCACGGCGGAGCAAAAGGAGAAGAUGCUGGCGUUCGCGGAAAGCGUCGGGUGGCGGAUCCACAAGCAAGAUGAGGCCUUGGUCCAGCAAGUCUGCGCCGAGGUCGGUGUCCGAAGGCAAGUUCUGAAAGUUUGGAUGCACAACAACAAGCACACCAUCAGAAGGCAACCCCAGCAGCAACCGCAACAGGAGGAGCAGCAGCAGCAACACGAGCAGCAGCCUUGACAGCAGUUUAAUAGGCUGGUUUCAUUAUGAAAGAGAAGAAACAAAAGGGUUGAGAAGGAGGCGCACAGCAUAAAGAAGAAAGGAGAGAGUUUUACCACUGAGGAAAUGAGGAAAGGCACCCACUCUUGAUUAGAAAGGCAACAAAGCAGCAGGUGAGGGCUCAUUUAAGUGCAUAUCAGUUGAAUUAAAAGCAAACCUGUAUAAGUUGAGGGCUAAAGAGUGGGGGGAGGCUUGCUGGCAGAAUAGGUGCCAGAGGUCUGUUGACUCCAAGGACAAGGUUGUGUGCAGUCCAAAAUUUAAUUCAUUUCAUGAUAUUUUGAGUCUCAAAUUUAAGGUGUAAUGACUUGAAAAUUAUUCUUCUUUUUGUUUAAUGAGAUAAUUCAUGGAUAAAAAUUCAAUGUUUUGAGAGGUGUUUGGCUAUUAAACAUAGAGUAUUAGCAAAGUUGUAGGAUGAAAAAGUUGUAAAUCACAGACUUUGAAGUUUUUGGGAAAUAAAGAAAAUUAAUCUUUACAUGGAUUAAAUUCAAUAACUUUAGAUGACAUAUAAACUCAUAACAUUCUUGCUUAAAAAAUAAUGCAAGAGUAACAAAAUAUCAUGAUUCUGCAAAUCAUCUGAGUUCACAUUUUGUCAUCAGAGCAUGCCAAAUAUUAUAUCUUGCUCACCAUAUCAACUUCAUGUCUUGUAAACAAAAAAUUAUUAGCCAAAUAGGGUUAAAAUAAUUUGUCUCAAAAUUUGUAUUUGAAUUUGUCUCCAAUAAACCUCUUACAAACUAUAAUAAAAGGUAUACAAAUAUUUUAAUGAAUCAAGUCAUAUCACAUUGGCAUGCGGUAAGAGAAAGCUGAUUUUUUUAUAUAGUUUAUCCAACCUAGUUCAUGUGUACUCUUAAAGAGAAAAAAAUUGAACAGUAAUAUGAUUUUGGUAUUUUGGAUCUCAAACAUUGCGUCUUGGUUCUUUUGAUCCAUGGCUAAAUAUUCUCCCAUACAUCACGUGCCUGUAAUUGAACUUGAAAUGGGUUAUACCUUUUUGCACAGCACUCUAUAUACUUCCUCUAGGGCCCUUUUUUUUUUCCUGAAGUAAAACUUUCUCUAGGGCUUUCAAAGGGAAAGAAAAAUCACACAUAAAUAGAGUAAGAUGAAUUUUCAUUUUCCUGGAAAUAGUUCAACAUUUCAAAAUUCUAUUUUACCGAAUGAAUUCUCUUGGUUUUCCAUAAAAAUUAUGUAGAAAUUUUUUGGCUUUAAAAAUUGAGUGUUGCUUAAAAAUUUGAACUACCAACUGCUGUUAAAUAUUCAUUAAUUAGAAAAUUAUGGCUCUCUCAAGCAUUUCUCGGGCACUUUGUACUAUAAUUUUAUAUACUAUUUAGAUGACUUAACAUGUUUACCAUUUCUUAUUAUCAUGGCUUUAGCUUUAGAAUAGAUCAGUGUCUUUUUUUUAAUAUUUUGAUUUUGUGAAAGAUGUUGAAAUCACUACUUAUCCUAUAAGCUUAAGCUGAUAGGAUGAGAUAGAUUUAUUUAUAUAUUUAUAUUUUCUUACACUCCUCAUAUGUUGGCCUUGAUACCAUGUUGAAAUCACCACUUGUCCUAAAAACUUAAGCUUAUAGGAUGAGAUAGAUUUAUUUAUAUAUUUAUAUUUUCUUACAAAAGAAUCCAUCACACUAGAAUAAUAAACUCGCACUUAAUUAACACUCUCCAAAACAAUGUCUCAGUUAAAAGCCAUCAUAUACAUUUGGAUAAUUAUUGGAUAAUUAUCACCUGAUUGUCUUGAUUGGGUCACUCAAAUACACUAUGUUUAGUGAUUAAAAUGUCUGUUAUUUUGUUUUUCCAAAAGUUGCCCAUCAAAUAUAAGUUUGCUAUGUGAUCGGCGUAAUAACCAUAUCAAGAACUACUACUGUGGGGGAGAUUACAAGGUUUUAAAUGCCAAAGAAAAUAAUGCAUAUCUUUAUUGUUUGUUAAGUAGAAAAGUCUAUUGUGGCUGGACUCUUCAUUUGUGGCUUCACCUGUUUUGGUUGGUAAGGCGUGAUCUUGCUUUUAUUAGAGUCUCAAUGCAACUUGGUUCCUCUAUAACAAGCGUCUUGUGUCUUUAAUUACUGAAAAAUUUAGGUGCAUGGCUUGCCAAAAAAACAAUUAAGGUGCAUCAAAUGUGCAAGAAAGUAUACUAUUUUGGAUGACAACGUUUUGUGUUGCCGGACUCUUUUUUUUGAAACAUCAGUACAAUUAUUACGAUCGAGUACUUUAUGCCUGCAUGUGCCUUCGUGUCGCAUUCUAGCACAUUUUUUGGCUCAUUAACCGCUCAACCAAAAAGAACAUACUUUUAUGUUCUCCCUUUGAUAAAAUUUUAUGUUGCAAUUCAAUAUAACAUUGAACGAAUUUGACUUCUUAACAUUUUACACAUGUUUUUUAAUUAUUUAAUGGGUGGGUAUCAGGAAAAUGGAAUCGUUUUACCACAUUUUUAAGAUCAAAAGGGUUGAAUCUUCUCAAAACUUUGAGGGUUUGUUUGGUUGACGUAUGUUAGAUUAAGGGUAAUCUGAUGAUUCUUGGAAAUUUGAUGGUUUGUGGGAGGCAUUUAUCUGAGAAAAUGAAUGCUAGAGAAAAUAAAGUUUACCGCAUUUGGUUGGUGAAAAAUUACUCUGAAAAAUGGUAACCAAAAAAAGUUACUGUAUUUGGUUGGAAGUAAUCUUAUACUAAAAUUCUACCAAUUUUUUAAUUAUUUUUUGUAUAAAUAAUUCAAAUAAUAAUUUUUUAAUCUAUUUAUUGGCCAUAUAGGGCCCACUUAUGUAAGGGAUGUUAUAUUGGCUAGUCUAAGCUUUCAAAGAAUUUUCUAAUUGCAUAAGCGGCACCCUCCUAGCUUGCAAUGAUUUUCUCCCAAUUAUUGUACAGGAAUUGCAUAAAUUUCUAUCUAAUAUCUUAGUCAAUUCUUAUUUACAUUUUCCACUUAUUUUAUAUUGGGAAAAUUAAAUAAACCUGGCCGGAUUUGCACUUCUAUUUGGAAAUUGAUAAUGUAUCUGUAUAUAGGGAUGACAAUAUGUUGGGCAAGUCAAGUUUGCUACUAAUUUUCCCAAAUAAACUUUACUCUUGACAACCAAUUCAGUUCUAAGUGCUGACCAUUCCUGAUCUAUUUAAAGUCCAGUUCAAACAAUUUGACCUGAAUCUGAGUCGUGCUGAAAAAUUCAAGCAUAGCUGAAGGCGGAUUUUUGGUCAGGUCAAUUUUAACUGCUGCUAGCAAUAAAAGUAGCAAAAAUAGGAGAAAUGGAUUUGGAUAAUAGCUCAACUUUGAAGGAAGAAAUCUUCUCACCAAUGGCCUAAUUUGAAGAAAGAAAAGUUUCACAAAAGCAUCACUUUUGAGUUAAUCUUGUGAUGUAUGCAUCGACUUGGGUAGUGAUUAUGGAAGGUCGGAUGAUGGAGGAGAAUAUUUAGGCUAUAUUUCAUUUUGCACGUCUCAUAUAUGUGUAUCAUAAUUAUAAUUAUAACCAUGCAGUUUUAGCCUAACUUUUUGAGGAUACAUGAUGUACAAGAGAAAUAUAAAUAUUUCAAAUUAUGUCGAAGAAAUUCUUUUUAAUUUUGAAAUCGACAUCUUACUGUCCAGUGGUCUUUUUUGUUUAGAUUUUUUGUAAAAACCUUCUGCUUCUUUGCAAUGCACAUGCAGCAUUAUUUUCAGAUUUUGAAUUUUCUCUCAAGAUUGAUCUUUGUUUAGAUCAAUUAGAGGAUCGAAUGGAGGUUCUUUUCACACCUCAAGUAAGAGGAUUUAAUAUUGCUGAGUGAUUUGAACGAAAAUAUCCAUACGUGACCUCUCAUAUGGGUGACAAGUGACCAACAUGAGCCAGGUUGAAUCCAGGUUGAUAUGGCUAGUCAAUAUAUAUUUUUAUUUUUAUAUAAACAGGCAUAGGCUAAGACUAAUCAUGUACCUUCCAUGUAUCAUUCAUAAAUAGUUAAUUGAAUCUUGGUUGAUUCAUUUAGUCAAUCUAUAUUUUUAUUUUUUUAUACAAAAAAAACCAUAGGCCAAGACUAUUAUAUUGAUAUAAAUUAUUGCAAACCAUAUAAGUGAUGAAGGUCAAAGACCACGACUAACUGCUAGCAUUUCUCAUGACUUGUAAGAGAACCUUCUCCUCCUGAAGAGAAGUUCCCACUGAACUUGGCCUUAUUUGUGAUAAGUAAUUAAAACAUGAGGAAGCACCAUCAUAAUAGAUUUUGAGUUCAUAUGUCCUUAUUCCUGGUUAAAAGCUCAUAUGCUUCAAGAUUUUUUUUAGAAAAAGAAGUGGUGCUUCUAUGUCUAUACUUUGUAAUCUAUUGCAAGAAUCUGUGUGGGCGUGUAUUUAGUUUCAUGUUGAUUAUUUGUCAGAAGAUUUUGGGUACUUAAUAGGACUAAGGAGCACAAAAAAAUAGUUUUUGGCUAGCUAUUUAAGGUGAGGUCCUGAGUUGUUACCAAUGAUAUUAAAGUAGGCCCAGCCUAUGGUCCAUAUGGAGUAGAAAAAAUUGUAGCAUGGGCUUAUAGAGACUAGCCACAGUCCGAUCAUAUGUAAAAUUAAGAAACUCAAAAAAUAUCUUUCAGCUAGUUGUUUUGGAUGAGGUUUUGGAUUGUUAUAUCUUUCUAAAACACGACAUAGAGAUAUAUUUAUAUGGGUAGAGAGUCCUCAUCUAUGACUAUCAAUUAUGACCGUGGAUAUUUAGUUGAACCCAUUGUAUUUUAGGACUGCUCGAGCCGGUUUAUAAGUUUUCAUGAUUUUAUUUUUUUGUGAAAUAAAAGAACAGAGUUGCAUAUUAUUAACUAAUUAGAAAUGCUUUCAGGUUACCUAUGGGAUUCGACUCUAUAAGUGGUAACAGGCAUGAAUAGCAUUUUUUUUUUUUUUUUUUGAAGAGGAAGGACACUAUUGGGUGUAGUCCAAAUCAGUCACCAAAUUUUAAUCAGAAACAAAAGAAGAGAAGAGAGUACGAUCAGCAUAAGUUACAGCAUAGAAGAGAAGUAGAUAAUACAAAAAUAUAUAGGAUUGCUCCCUACUUUGGGGUCUUUUCCUGAAUCUUUGUUCAUUGCUUCCAACUACAUUUGUCUGUGUCGUCCUUCUCCAUCCAUUUCUUGUGAUGGCAACUAUAAAUCCUUGUUCCUUGCUUCCUACUUAUACAUUUCUUUGCACUGUCCUCCGUUCAUUUUUUGAAGCAGCUAUUACAAGUCUUUAUUUCUUCCUCUCUUUUUUUCCCCUCAUGUUGUCCUUCUCCAUCCAUUUCCCAUGGCAGGCAACUAUAUCAUGGGAGCCACUUCCUCGAUGCCUCACUGACCAAAAUUAUUUUAAGAUCAGUGCAGUUUGGGUUUCAGCUGUCUUAAUGUUCAUAGAAAUUGUUUAUUCUCCAAAUAAGAGCGAACUUCUUAAUUUCAAGUCAUUUCAAUGUAUUUACCUUAAAAUCAAAGGAACUCCUGACUGUAGGACAUCAAGGAGAGAGAUGGGUAGCCCCGUGCAAGGAUGGAGAGAGAGGAAUGAACAGGUCUGAGGAGCCAUUAACUUUGUAACUCAUGUGUGCAUGGUGAUAUCUGUUUAUCAUUUACUGAAAAAUUCCUCUUGGUCGAAUGCCAGUAAAAGAGUGAUUCGUGACUAAAGUUC